AUGGGAAGUGAUGAGAUGAGAGCAGAGCCUGGGUACAUCCAGCUCGAGCUGGGCAAAACCCCCAGCAUCCCUUAUCCCUUCUCCCUGCGCCUGCGAGCGGGGCCGCUUUGUCUGCCCGCGCCGUCGGGGGACCGGGACCGGGCCGGCAGCGGAACCGCGACCGGGGCCAGGGGGCACAGCGGCGGACGGUGCCCGGCGCUGCUUGCGCUGCUGGGACUGGGAUUAGGACUGGGACUGGCGACCUGCCCCGAGCGGGAGCUGGAGCGGAGGGAGGAGGAGGCCAACGUGGUGCUGACGGGCACGGUGGAGGAGAUCAUGAACGUGGACCCGGUCCACCACACCUACUCCUGCAAGGUGAGAGUCUGGCGCUACCUGAAGGGCAAGGACAUCGUCACCCACGAGAUCCUGCUGGACGGGGGGAACAAGGUGGUCAUCGGCGGCUUCGGGGACCCGCUGAUCUGCGACAACCAGGUGUCCACGGGGGACACGCGCAUCUUCUUCGUCAACCCCGCCCCGCAGUACCUGUGGCCCGCCCACCGCAACGAGCUCAUGCUCAACUCCAGCCUCAUGAGGAUCACCCUGCGCAACCUGGAGGAGGUGGAGCACUGCGUGGAAGACAAGCCCAACAGUUACUUCACUCAGACACCGCCGACGCCGCGGGAUGUGUGCCGGGGGAUGCUGUGUGGGUUCGGGGCCGUGUGUGAGAGGAGCUCCAGCGACCCCUCCCAGGCCUCCUGUGUCUGCAAGAAAACAGCCUGUCCUGUCGUGGUGGCCCCUGUCUGUGGCUCCGAUUACUCCACCUACAGCAACGAGUGUGAGCUGGAGAAGGCUCAGUGCAACCAGCAGAGGAGGAUCAAGGUCAUCAGCAAGGGACCGUGUGGCUCCAAGGACCCCUGUGCAGAGGUGACCUGCAGUUUUGGCAGCACCUGUGUCCGCUCCACCGAUGGCCAGUCGGCCAAGUGUGUGUGUCCGUCCUCCUGCAGCGGCGUUCCCGAGAAUCCCGUGUGCGGCAGCGACGGCCGCGACUACCGCAGCGAGUGCGACCUCAACAAGCACGCCUGUGACAAGCAGGAGAACGUCUUCAAGAAGUUCGAUGGCCUCUGUGCAUCCUGCCAGGCACAGAUCCCGGAGCACAAACAGUCCCGAGCUCCGAGGGUGAACCCCCGCACCCGGCGGGCGGAGCUGCUGCCGCGCCCCGAGGGCUGCCCGCCCCGGAGGGAGCCCGUGUGCGGGGACGACGGCGUCACCUACGACAACGAGUGCGUGAUGGGGCGCUCGGGGGCCAUCCGGGGCCUGGAGAUCCAGAAGGUGCGUUCAGGGCAGUGCCAGCAGCAGGACAAGUGCAGGGACGAGUGCAAGUUCAACGGGGUGUGCCUGAACCGCCGCGGCUCCGCGCGCUGCUCCUGCGACCGCAUCGCCUGCGACGGCGCCUUCCGGCCCGUCUGCGCCCGUGACAGCCGCACCUACGGCAACGACUGCGAGCGCCAGAAGGCAGAGUGCCACCAGAAGGCUGCCAUCCCCGUCAAGCACAGCGGACCCUGUGAGCGCUGCGGGAAGUGCCAGUUCGGGGCCAUCUGCGAGGCGGAGACGGGGCGCUGCGUGUGCCCCACCGAGUGCGUGCCCUCUGCCCAGCCCGUGUGCGGCUCCGACGGCCGCACCUACGGCAGCGAGUGCGAGCUGCACGUCCGAGCCUGCACCCAGCAGACCAACAUCCUGGUGGCCGCCCAGGGAGACUGCAAGUCGUGUGGCAGCACGGUGUGCUCCUUUGGCAGCCGCUGUGUGGGUGGGCAGUGCGUGUGCCCGCGCUGCGAGCGCCAGCCCCCGGCCCCGGUGUGCGGCACCGACGGGCUCACCUACGACAACCAGUGCGAGCUGCAGGUGGCCUCCUGCCAGCAGAAGAAGAGCAUCGAGGUGGCCAGGACGGGGCCCUGUGAGGAUGAGUGUGGCUCGGGGGGCUCUGGCUCCGGGGAUGGCAGCGAGUGUGAGCAGGACCGGUGCCGGCAGUUCGGGGGCUGGUGGGACGAGGACGCCGAGGACGAUCGCUGCGUGUGCGACUUCACCUGCCUGGCCGUGCCCCGCAGCCCGGUGUGUGGCUCCGAUGGUGUCACCUACGCCAACGAGUGUGAGCUGAAGAAGACACGGUGUGAGAAGCGCCAGGAUCUCUAUGUCACUGGCCAAGGAGCCUGUCGUGCCCUUGCCACAACCCCACCACCCCUCCUGGUUGUGCACUGCAGCCAGACCAUCUACGGCUGCUGCCCAGACAACAUGACCCUGGCGCUCGGAGUGGGAGCAGCAGGAUGUCCAAGCACGUGCCAGUGCAACCCCUACGGCUCCUACGGGGGUUCCUGUGACCCUGGCACGGGGCAGUGCUCCUGCAAGCCCGGCGUGGGGGGGCUCAAGUGCGACCGCUGCGAGCCGGGCUUCUGGAACUUCCGCGGCAUCGUCACCGACAGCAAGAGCGGCUGCACCCCCUGUAACUGCGACCCCGUGGGGUCAGUGCGAGAUGACUGCGAGCAGAUGACGGGGCUGUGCUCCUGCAAGACUGGCAUCACUGGCAUGAAGUGCAACCAGUGCCCCAACGGCAGCAAACUGGGCAUGACUGGCUGCGAGAAAGACCCCUCAGCCCCCAAAUCCUGCGAGGAGAUGAGCUGCGAGUUUGGGGCCUCGUGCGUGGAGGUCAAUGGCUUUGCCCACUGCGAGUGCCCGUCCCCGCUGUGCUCAGAGGCCAACAUGACCAAGGUGUGUGGCUCUGACGGUGUCACCUACGGGGACCAGUGCCAGCUGAGGACCAUCGCCUGCAGGCAGGGCCAGGUCAUCACGGUGAAGCACGUGGGGCAGUGCCACGAGUCCAUCACCCACACGAGCCACCCGUCGCCUCCCACGCCGCUGCCCACGCUGCCCUUGGACCGGCUCAUCCUCCCGGUGCAGGGGGGCUGCUCUCCGGGCCGGAGCUCAGAGGAACCCCACUGGCACUACCCACACACUGCCAUCCCCCUUCCCCAGGGACUCGGAUGCUCUUGGCGGCUCUCGGCCUCACGCCUCCCCCCCUGCCCCCACAAACUAAAGGUCUUUGUCCUGUGUUCCCUCCCUGCCACAGCUACCAAAGUCUUCCAAGGAGUCCUCAUCCUGGAGGAGGUGGAAGGCCAGGAGCUGUUCUACACCCCGGAGAUGGCUGACCCCAAGUCGGAGCUCUUUGGGGAGACGGCCCGGAGCAUCGAGAGCGCGCUGGAUGAGCUUUUCCGCAGUUCUGAUGUCAAGAAGGAUUUCAAGAGCAUCCGUGUGCGGGACCUGGGGCAGAGCAGCGCCGUCCGUGUCUUCGUGGAGUCCCACUUUGACCCAGCCACGUCCUACACGGCAGCUGAUAUCCAAGCGGCCCUGCUGAAGCAGAUCAGAGCUUCCAAGAAGAAGACCAUCCUGGUGAAGAAGCCCCAGCAGGAGCAUGUCAAAUUCAUGGAUUUUGACUGGAUCCCCAGCCCCUGCCUGCACGGGGGCACCUGCGAGGACGACGGCGAGGAGUUCACCUGCAGCUGCCCCGCGGGCAAGGGAGGGGCCGUCUGCGAGAAAACUAUCAGGUACUUCAUCCCCAGCUUCGGGGGCAAGUCCUACCUGGCGUUCAAGAUGAUGAAGGCGUAUCACACGGUGCGCAUCGCCAUGGAGUUCCGCACCCUGGAGCUCGGGGGGCUGCUGCUCUACAACGGCCAGAACCGGGGCAAGGACUUCAUCUCCCUGGCCCUGGUGGGCGGCUUCGUGGAGCUCAGGUUCAACACGGGCUCUGGCACGGGCAUCAUCACCAGCAAGGUCCGUGUGGAGCCUGGCAAGUGGCACCAGCUGGUGGUGAACAGGAACCGGCGCAGUGGGAUGCUCUCCGUGGAUGGGGAGCCCCACGUGAGCGGGGAGAGCCCCCCGGGCACCGACGGGCUCAACCUGGACACCGACCUGUUCAUCGGGGGAGCGCCCGACGACCAGAUGGCCGUGGUGGCAGAUCACACCACGGCCACCACGGGGCUCAAGGGCUGCAUCCGCCUCCUGGACGUGAACAACCAGAUGUACGACCUGCGGGAGAAGGGCAGCGACGUCCUCUACGGCAGCAGGAACCCCUGCGAGCCCUCGCCCUGCCACGUCUCUGCCACCUGCCUGGUGCUGCCCGAGGGGGGUGCCCUGUGUGCCUGCCCCAUGGGCCGGGAAGGAGACUUCUGCGAGCGAGUGACAGAGCAGGACCACACCAUGCCCUUCCUCCCGGAGUUCAAUGGCUUCUCCUACCUGGAGCUGAACGGGCUGCAGACCUUCGUUCCUGACCUGCAGGAGAAAAUGUCCAUGGAAGUUGUGUUCCUGGCCAAGAACCCCAAUGGAAUGAUCUUCUACAACGGCCAGAAGACAGAUGGCAAGGGGGACUUCGUGUCCCUGGCCCUGCACGACGGGUACCUGGAGUACAGAUACGACCUGGGCAAGGGGGCAGCCGUGCUCAGGAGCAAAGAGCCGGUUCCCCUCAACACCUGGACGAGUGUCCUGCUGGAGAGGAACGGGCGCAAGGGGGUCAUGAGGAUCAACAACGGCGAGAGGGUGAUGGGGGAGUCACCGAAAUCCCGUAAGGUGCCUCACACCUACCUGAACCUGAAGGAGCCGUUUUACGUUGGAGGAGCCCCUGAUUUCAGCAAGCUGGCUCGAGCAGCUGCCAUCUCCACCAGCUUCGAGGGGGCUGUGCAGAGGAUCUCCAUCAAGGGGGAUCCCCUGCUGACGGAGCAGAACAUCCGCAGCGCCAUCGAGAUCUCGCCCUUCCGGGGCCACCCCUGCACCCAGAAACCCAACCCCUGCCAGAACGGGGGCACCUGCAGCCCCAGGCUGGAGAGCUACGAGUGUGCCUGCCAGAGGGGCUUCCACGGGGCCCACUGUGAGAAAGUGAUCAUCGAGAAGGCUGCUGGGGAUGCAGAGGCCAUUGCCUUUGAUGGCAGGACAUACAUGGAGUACCACAACGCUGUCACCAAGAGUGAGAAGGCCCUGCAGUCCAACCACUUCGAGCUGAGCAUCAAAACAGAGGCCACGCAGGGGCUGAUCCUGUGGAGCGGGAAGGGGCUGGAGCGCUCGGACUACAUCGCCCUGGCCAUCGUGGAUGGCUUCGUGCAGAUGACCUACGACCUGGGCUCCAAGCCAGUCGUCCUCAGAUCCACGGUCCCAGUCAACACCAACCAGUGGAUCCACAUCAAAGCCUACAGGGUACAGAGGGAAGGCUCCCUCCAGGUUGGGAACGAAGCUCCCAUCGCUGGUUCUUCUCCACUUGGUGCCACCCAGCUGGACACAGACGGGGCCCUGUGGCUGGGGGGGCUGGAGAAGCUGAGUGUGGCUCACAAGCUGCCCAAGGCCUACAGCACCGGCUUCGUUGGCUGCAUACGGGAUGUCCUUGUGGACCGCCAAGAACUGCACCUGGUGGAGGACGCUUUAAACAACCCCAGGAUAUUACACUGCUCGGCCAAAUAGACCCCCAGAGACCCUCCCUCCUCCUUCCCUCCCUCCUGCCUAUUGCUCCUAUCCAGGUCAGGCAGAACUCGAAUCAAACAGCAGCAACAAAGAACAAACCUUGAACCAAGUCUCCAAGAAGUGACAGAAGAACUUGCCCAUCACGCUGUAAAUCUUCUUCAUACUUGAAGCUUCUUUUUUUGGGGGGGUUGUUUUUUCCCCCCCUCCUCACUUGUGUUCUUGGGGUUGUCGUCCGUGCCCGCAGGGGGGAAAAGAUGCUGGUGCUGGUGAGACCUGUGGCCUUCAUGGAUUCACUGCCCGGCCCCAACGUCCCCUCUGCAGUGCUGGCUGAGCAGGGAGGUGGGAAUUGCCACCCCUGCUUCGGGGUCUGGCUCUGCCAAGCCUUCCCCUGGCCCUGUGCUCACCCGACCUCCCUCCUCCCCCCCCACUCCUUCCUCUCGCUCUAAUUUAUGUGUGUAAGAAUCUCAAGUGCUUUUCUCCUUCAUGCUCUGUUAAAAUCAGGGAUGCCAUGCACUGGAAGAGAGACCAAGGCCUGCUCUGAGCAGGCAGGAAAGCAUUGCUCUUUGGUUGUCUUAUGACUGUUUGCUGGACUGAGAGGUGCUGGGGGGGAAACGUUGAUUUUCUCUGUUGGUUCUCCUCCUCGUCCUCCUCCUCCUCCUCCUCCUCUUGGACAUGUGCAGAAGCAGCUGUGAAACCUCAUUUCCAUGCUUUGUGUUCAUCCAGACGUGUCCCAACCACCUGUUUGCCCUUGGCUGCUCUUCCCAAGAGCUUCUGCCCACCAAGCCUUGCCCUCCCGCGCGCCGGGGAUAACUUGGAGCUCCUCUCCAAGGGCUGGAAGUGCUCCCCCUUCUUCCAGCCCCACCAAACAGGCUGGGAGGGCACAGGGACUGGGGCCCUCUUCGCUUUUAAAAGACCUGUUGGAUGUGUCCUUCCAUGACCCACGUCCAUUUUCCAGCCUCUGGGGCAUGGCUUUGCCCUCGGGCGCUCUGCCAGCCUGGGAAUGCAGAGCUGGCACUGGAGCCUCUCCCACAAAGAGAAUUCGGAGUUUCCAC